AAGCAUUUAUAUCGAGGAUGACAUGUUGAGCUAUCAUUAUUACACUGACCAGCAUUGUGUUUAUGCUUCAUUUUUAUCUUUGAUAUACCAACUACUCAAUCGUUUAUUCGUUGACAAAUAUUUCAGUCAACACAUCUAACAGUUACCAUAUAAGUUGACCAUAUCAUAAAGGCCAACUUGAAGUAUACAAGUGAAAAAUAUAUAUACACAUUGAAUAUCCACUGAAAAUUGAAUCGAAGAAAAUCUACAUGAAUCAAAAUAUACCAACAAUCUAUACUAAUUUGACCUACCAACCACAACAAAAUCCACACCAUCAACAUCAACAACAACAACAACAACAACAGCCGCCAUAUAUUACUGACUCCCGGUUAAGAGCACAAUCACAGUAUGCUAUGCCAACACAAAUGUAUCGGAAUAAAUCUGAUUCUACAAAAAUCACUAAUGAAAUCACCACAUUAACUGAACAUGGAUUAUCUAGUGAUAUUUCACCUAAUCAACAUUUUCAUUCAUCAGAACAAAUUUCACCCCGGAAAUCUGAAUUUCAACCUGAUCCGUUGAAUGUGUUAAAUUCAAAGGAGAUAGUUUCAUCGAAAGACAACCGACAGACGCCUUUAAAUCAAUUCAUAAUAAAUAACGAUGAUAAACUGCCGAAUGAAAUGAUAAAUAAUAGUAAUAAUAAUAAUAAUAAUGAAAAUAAGUGUAUGCCAGUGAAUAAUGAAAAACAAUGUGAAGGGAAUGAUGAAGAAAAUCAACCGACUAGUUCAGGUGUUACAACAGAGAAACAUGCCCGUGAAACAUGGGACACGAAAAUUGAUUUUUUACUGGCUGUUAUUGGUUUCGCUGUAGAUUUAGGCAAUAUAUGGAGAUUUCCGUUUAUUUGUUAUCGUAACGGUGGAGGUGCAUUUCUUAUUCCUUAUUUGGUUAUGUAUAUUUUUGGUGGAUUGCCACUCUUUUAUCUGGAGCUGGCACUAGGACAAUUUCAACGUAGUGGGUGCUUAACUGUUUGGAAAAGAAUAUGCCCUUUAUUCAGCGGUAUCGGUUUUGGAAUAUGUAUAAUUGCAAGUUAUACAGCAUGGUAUUACAAUACAAUUAUUGCUUGGGCUCUAUUCUACAUGAUCGAUGCGAUGAAACCACAUUUACCAUGGGAUGGAUGCAACAAUUGGUGGAAUACAAAUUCAUGCGUAACUGUCUACGACAGACUUAUAGAUAAUGCUGUGUUGAAUACCUCACACAAGUAUGAAUUGAAUGAACUGGUUAAUUUAUCAACAAGUAUGAAACACAGCAAUCAAAGUGGUGAUGUUUACUCGUCUACAGAAGAAUAUUUCUAUCGUCGAGUUUUACAAAUACAAUACGCCAAAGGAUAUAAUGAUGUUGGUCCAAUACGCUGGGAGAUAUGCCUUUGCUUAAUUGUAGUAUUCACGAUAGUGUAUUUUUCCCUUUGGAAAGGUGUAAAGAGUAGUGGGAAAGCUGUAUGGGUGACUGCUACUCUGCCUUACGUUAUUUUAUCAAUUCUAUUAGUUCGUGGUUUAACACUACAAGGUUCACUAACUGGUAUAAAAUACUAUUUAACGCCAAAUUUCUCAAGUUUAUUGAGCAUUUCCGUCUGGAGUGAUGCUGCAUCACAAAUCUUCUUUUCACUUGGUCCAGGAUUCGGUGUUCUGCUUGCUUUAUCCAGUUAUAAUAAAUUUCAUAAUAACUGUUACAGAGAUGCAAUGAUUACCAGUUUCAUAAAUUGUGCAACAAGUUUUGUCUCAGGUUUCGUUGUAUUCUCUGUUCUUGGAUACAUGUGUUUCCGUAUGGGGAAAACAAUGGAAGAUGUUGCUAAUGAAGGACCUGGUUUAGUAUUCAUCGCCUAUCCUGAAGCUAUUGCAACACUAGCCGGUUCAACAUUCUGGGCCAUUAUAUUCAUGCUAAUGCUCAUCACUCUAGGCCUUGAUAGUACAUUCGGUGGACUUGAAGCUAUUAUCACAGCAAUCAUGGAUAGUGUUCCUGCGUUAGCUGCAUCAACCACAUGUGGUGGAUAUCUUGUUCUCACUAUGCUUGAUCGUCAUGGAGCUCCGAUUUCUAUUCUGUUCAUUGUGUUCUGUGAAUGCGUGGCGUUAUGUUGGUUUUACGGUACCAAACGAUUUUGUCAAGAUGUGCAAAUGAUGCUUGGAUUUAAGCCUGGUAUAUUUUGGAGAAUUUGUUGGGCUUAUAUAAGUCCAAUAUUUCUUCUGGGCAUUUUCAUUGCAAAUAUAGUUUCCUAUGAAACACAACCUGUUUCUGUGCUGGGUGUUGUUUAUGAACCAACCACUUGGGUUAUAGCAUUAUCAUGGGCUAUAGUUUUUUCAUCGCCAAUAUUUAUCCCAAUAUUAAUGAUCUAUCAAUUACUUAGAGCAAAAGGAACGUUUGUCGAAAGACUACGCUAUCUUACAACACCUGAAGAUAAACCUACCUAUUGGGAUCAACAAAUUGAAAUUAAUGACGAUGGUGAAUAUGUACCACAGAGUAAAAAACAAAAUCAACAAUCAAUAGACGAAUCUUAG